AUGGCGAAUCAUGUCAUCGAGACCAAACAAGCUGAGUUUGAGUUUGAAUGUGGUUUGCUUUGCGCUCGUCAUGGAUCAUGUGCGUCAAUCAACUACAAAACUUCUGGUAUCGGUAAAGGUCGCUGUGAACUCAACAAUAAGACAAAUGAAGACGAUGAUGACGAAGAAAUCAACUUUGAAUACAACCAUCUUGUCAUAAUAAAACCAAUUUGGCUGAAGCCGGAAAAAAAUAUUUUGCCAGGAGAACAACAAAACACCUUUCCUCAAUCUUGCACGGAAUUGUUUGUCAAGAAUACAUCAUUGCUCAAUGGUGCUUACACCUUGCAGAAGAAUAAUUCCUCACCACCAUAUAAGGUAUAUUGUCACAUGACAGAUAUCCCAGGAUGUGGCGUUGGAGGUUGGACCCUAGUGAUGAAGCUUGAUGGGACUAAGAAUACAUUUAACUAUCGUUCUUCCCUGUGGACAAACAAAGAGACUUACGCAGUACAAGAUGGUUUGGAAGGAUUGACAGAGAAAGAAAGUAAGUUGGCUUCGUAUUGGAAUACUCCGUUCACAAAGAUUUGCCUGGGUAUGACGUUUAAUGGGACAAGAAAAUGGAUGAGCUUCAACUACACCGCGACUUCGCUGUACAGUGUGAUCGCAGACGGCCAGUUUAGGGCAACGGGGGCUGGUAGAGCAGCAUGGAAAUCCCUGAUCGCAGGCUCUUCAUUACAGUUAAACUGCAACAGGGAAGGGUUUAAUACCGUUUUCAGAAUACGAAUUGGAUUCCAAGCCAAUAACGAGAACGAUUGUGAUACGUGUGAUUCUUGGAUUGGCUAUGGAGCAAGGUUCACUAGAUUGACUGAAUGGACUUGUGGAAAUGUUGCUAGGCUGAAUCCCGAUAACGGUGAUAAGAAUUUGGCGACGUUUGGAUACAUUCUUGUUCAAUAA